GUUUGCACGACGCCCUAAAGAGUGUGAGAUUUGAGCGAGCUACAGCUCCAGGUCUCCUAAUAACCCGGCACUCGCUUGACGAUCGGCCUCAGCAAAUAUUGCAAGGUUCAGGCAACCGUGCGUCGCCAUCGCCACCCGCCCGUGCGCCUCUGUUCAAUACAGGGAACAAUCCGCUUGUGUUGGUACGCAGUGGACGCCCCACCCAGUCACCGUCCACUACCUUCGGCGGUUCCCGAGAGCCGAGUGGCUGUCGACACCAACGCGAUCAUAGGAAUUAAAGUUGAACUUCAAUCAUGGCGAUGAAGAAUUUGCUGUCGAAAUUGAAUGUCAUUCAAGAUACUUUCUCUAAACUACAAUAUGAUCCGAUAGAGCUUCCCAGGAUUGUAGUCGUGGGCUCGCAGAGCGCUGGCAAGUCGUCAGUGCUGGAGUCGUUGGUGGGCCGGUCUUGCCUGCCACGAGGAUCCGGGCUCGUUACUCGCUGCCCUCUGAUACUUCAGCUGCACCACGUGCCCCGUGGCAGCAACCCCUAUGACCACGACGAGUGGGCAAAGUUUCUGCACGACCCAGAUCGUAUGUAUUUCGGCGAUGAGGAGAUUCAAAAUGAAAUAAUGGCGGAGACUAUCCGUUUGGCCGGCAACAACCAAAACAUAAUAUCGACACCGAUCACCCUGAAAGUUUACUCGCCCGAAGUGGUGAAUCUGACGCUCGUCGAUCUGCCGGGCCUAACCAAGGUCGCUGUCGGUGACCAGCCUGAGAACAUAGAGGAACAGGUCGAAGAGCUGAUCAUGGAUUACAUCGCACCUGCUUCUACCAUCAUCUUGGCGGUAAUGACGGCCACUGCAGAUAUGGCAACGAGUGAAAGUCUGAAACUCGCCAAACGGGUGGAUCCGACAGGGGAGCGUACGAUUGCCGUCGUAACGAAAAUAGAUCUCAUGGAUCGAGGUACCAAUGCCGCAGACAUAUUAGCAGGCAUGGUCAUUCCAGUCAAACUAGGAAUCAUUGGUGUGGUAAACAGAUCCCAACAUGAUUUAAACUCCAAAAUGAGUUUGAGAGAAAUGCGUCGUAAGGAAAGUCAAUUCUUUGAAGAACAUUACAGGGAUAUUGCUGCCAGAGCUGGUUCUGCGCAUCUGGCUGCUCGGCUUGAAGAACUGCUUUCGAAUCACAUCAAUCGAUGCAUUCCUGAUGUCCAGAAUAAACUACGAGAAGGGAUAACAAACUGUACUAAGAUUCUGGAAGAAUGUGGUGAAUUCCUGCAUGACAAGAAAUCUGCUUUGAUGAGCAUCGUGACGGACUUCAGUAAACAGUUCCAAAGUCUGUGUGAUGAGGGAUCUGCAGACUAUCAAUCCUUGGAAUUGGUUGGUGGUGCCAAACUGUGCGACAUUCUGCACGGUAAACUAGAAAAGGCCUUAACAAUGGCUGCCCCUUGCAAAUCUUACACCACGGAUGAAGUUUUGGUUGCCAUGCGGCAGUCUAAUGUUUUAAAGCCACCAUUUUUGGUUUCUCAGUUAGCAUUUGAGAAACUGAUGAAACCUCUGAUAAAGACUAUGAAAGGGCCGACCGUGGCGUCUGUGGAAGCCGUUCAAGAGGAAUUGAUGAACAUGUGUCAGUCAUGCAUCCCGGCGCAAGCUCAUCGUUUCCCACGCCUUAAACAAGAUAUAACCCGAGCAAUGAAGGAAACUAUUGAAAAAUGGGUUGAAAAGGUCAAGAUGAUGGUGGAAGAGUUUGUGGCGUCAGAAUGCAGCCACAUAACUUAUCAUCGAAUAUCUGGUGUGGUAAUGAAUGAUAUCUUGGCAAAUGGUGAGUCUGAAGAGGGAGAAUGUGAGAGUGACGAAGAUGAUAGUAUUGAUCACACUACGCAUUUCAAUGAGGGUGGUGCUAUGAAGCUACAGCUUGUGAGGCAAUUCAAAGAGGAGAAACAUAAAGAUAAACGAGCCGAAAUUGCCUCUCAGGUUGACCUAUUGACAAUGUCCAGUAAGGACAAAAAGCAGAUCAACAUUCUAGGUAGUAUGAUUGACCAUUACCACCGAUUAGUCGCACAAACUUUGCAAGACUGCUCGGCUAAAGCUGUAGUCAAUUUCCUCGUGACGAAGGUGCGGGACUCGCUGCCCUUGGGGCUUUUUUCUGAUCUGCAAGGAGAUUUGGAUCGUUUGUUUGAGGAAAACCCAGAAAUAGAUCGCAAGCGUCGAGAAACCUGCAAGAGAGAAAUGGCGCUGUCGGAGGCUCUACGAGUCAUCACAGACCUCGAAGAUUAAUUGCAAGAAGUUAAGCUACAAGAACUGUUCCUUUUGCUAGGUGUGCUGCACUCUCAUCCCAAUGAAUAACCAUUUUCAAAAUUAAGUCAUUCAUGUGGGGUGAAAGGAUUCUUGUGACUUCGAAUAUUGUGUGCUAUUUUAAUGAGGCAGCUUCACUCAUGUAACAGAUUUUUCUUUUUAAUGGAAAGGUUAGCCAAGGACACCGUUCGUGCGUCUUGAUGUCAGAUCAAAAUGGGUCGUACGCACAUGGAAAACCGAAAAACUGAUGCUGCCUUUGUUAAUUUUUCUUCAAAUUUAUUUUAUUUAAUCUUCAUUUUAUUCUGAGAACUUAAAUGUUAUGGUUGAUCUUUGCAUGUGUUGAGGGUAUCAUAUGCUUAGUGGGUGGUUAUUAUGCUAGCUGAGGGAACUAAAAAGGGUUAUUUAGUUUCGUCAGGAUUUAAUUUUAUGGAGGUACGAUAUUUUUACGUUUUUUUACAAUAUGUGUAUCUGGGCCAAGUCUUAAUUAAGAUGAAGAGUGUUCAAUUCAUAUAUGUUUACGUGUUUUGUUCUUAUGUCAUUUUACUUAUCUUUGAAUAAUACUAAUAUUUUUAGAAAAUAAGCUUGACGGGAGAACAUUUCGUUCUAUAGUAUCGUGUUUGACUCUGUGUGCUUACAUGUUGGGGUUGAUCUUUGCAUGUGUGGAGGGUAUCAUGAUUCGUAGUUUACUUGAAGGAAUUAAGGAAGGAUCAGCUAGUUUCUUCAGGAUAUAAUUUUAUGGAAGUUCAAUAUUCCUGUGGUUUUUUACAAUAUGUGUAUCUGGGCCAAGACUUGAUCAAGAUGAAGAGUGUUCAAUUCAUAUAUUUUUACUGGUUUUGUAUUAACGUCUUUUUACCUAUCUUUUAAUAAUACUAACAUUUUCACUCAAUAGGCUUGACGUGAGAACAGUUCGUUCCUUAGUAUCGUGUUUGACUGACGUGUUCUCAGCAAGCCGAAACUGUUUCAUUUAGGUUAACUGAAAUAAACUUUUGUCGUUUCUUUCACUAA